CGCGUUACUAGACUGGGAUUUCUUGAUCGCUAUCUACUAUGACAUGCUUACUGCUACUGAUAGUGAUUAUCACGGAGUGUGCGGUAUUAUGCAAAGCUGAAUCUUGUGACGAGUUAGUAUUGCAUAAUGGCAAUGUUAUUGCAGCAAGCAAUCCGCCGUAUGAAGCAGGAACUGUCCUGAAAUUUGAAUGCGAUGUAGGAUAUAAAGGAAUAGGUCGUGAAGAGAUUACUUGUUUACACAAUGGACAUUGGUCUGAUCCGGUACCUUAUUGUCAAGCCUUCGUUUGCUCCAAAGAUGAGAGUAAGGUUCAAAAUGGUCGCAGCUGUCGCAAAAGCUGCGUUGAUCAUUUCGAUUGUCGAUCAGGCUUCAAAAGAUGUUUAUGUGAUGAUGUUUGUGGAAAGUCUUGCUUUAAUCCGGACGCUGGUUGUCCAAAACCAACAGCACCACAAAAUGGAUAUGUUCUGCAAAACGAGCUGACAUACAGCAGUACCAUUUCUUACGGCUGUAACCAAGGUUAUGCAUUGUCUGGUCCACAAACUAGAAGAUGUAGAUCGGACAGAAAGUGGACUGCAUUCGAGCCAACAUGUCUAGAGUAUGGAGUAUGUGGACAGGCAGGGGAUGUUCAAAAGACAAUAAAAUCCAAAGUAAUUGAGGGAACAAAUGCCAAGGAAGGAGCCUGGCCAUGGCAAGCUUUGCUGUUCCGACACAAAUGGCCCUUCAAUAAGAGAGCGGGAUUUGCUGGAGGUACCAUAAUAAGCAAUAAGUGGAUUCUUACAGCUGCCCAUAUACACACAGCGUUUCCCUUAAUGCUCAGGAGAAGAGCUUGGAAACAAACCUUCAUGGUUGCACUAGGAUUUUUGCGGUACCCAAGUGUUGGAGAAAAAGUAACAUCUAACGCAGAUUUUAUCGAACCAGAAAACUUCAUAAUUCAUUCAAGGUUUGAUGAUAUAUCGAUGGAUUACGACAUCGCGUUGAUCAAGGUUGGCAAACACUUUAAACGAGUUGACUCUAAAUUUGUUGUUGACGAUACUUUGACACCCGGAAUAAUUCAAUUUACUCGAUAUAUUCGGCCAGUUUGCUUACCAUGUAUGAUCAAAUAUGCGUCUCCAGUAGAUGAUUUAAUUGCAAAUUUCAACAAAAAACAAUGUGCGCCAUUGCAAGAGCAAAGAGACGCCGAGGCGGGUACAGAGGUGAUGGUGACUGGAUUUGGUUUAAAGAGAGAUCCUGGAAAAUCGCAACCUACAUAUAAACCAGACAUCUUACAACAAGGUCAUUUAGUUGUCUGGCAAGAAAAUCGAUGCGUCAGACAAAAUCAAAAAAUACGCCAAAGUGAUCCUAGUGCAAGAUUCACAAAGCGAAUGCUUUGUGCCAGGAGUGCAAAUGAAUCAAAAUUUGUGGACGCUUGUACUGGCGAUAGUGGUGGACCGAUUGUAAAAGUUGUAAGAAACAAUCAACUAAAUAGGUGGAUACAGAUUGGUAUUGUUAGUUGGGGUUACGGCUGUGGAAAUGAAUACCCGGGAUUCUAUACAUCCGUAGUCAAUCUUAUGCCAUGGAUUAUCAAUCAAACUAAAAAUGAAGUACAAUCUACUCCUACAUGGGAUGUGUGGUCUGACUGGCGUCCUUGUUCAACUACAUGCGAUUAUGGCGUAUCAAAAAGAAUACGAUCGUGUUCUGAGCCCGAUAAAUGCGAAGGUGCGAGUUUCCAAGAAAAGCGUUGUAAGGUCACCAAUUGUCCCAUUGAUUGCUCUUGGGGAAGUUGGGAAGGACAAGCUUGCGUUGAACUGCACGGAAAAGGCUUCAGAAUAAGACAAGUUAGAAAGAGAGAAGAGGCCCGCCAUGGGGGAAGAGACUGCGCAGGUUCAGGGAUUAGAGAAUUAGAAUGCGAUCCACCACCUGGCUGGGCGCCUGGAAAAGGUGGAAGAGAUUUGCUUUUUUUGUUGGACGAAAGUGACAACGUUGGGGAAAAACGUUUUCAAACGGAGCUGGGUUUUGCGAAAGCUCUGACAUCAAGUUUGUGUGCGGGAAUCGCAAUUAGUGGUACACAAACAAGAAUUGCAUUGGCAACAUUUUUUGAUUCUGUUCAUACUAAGUUUCAAUUUAAUGACUUCAAUCAACGUAAACCACUAUUGGAAAAAAUGGCAGAAACAAGGUAUCUUCCUGCAGGAAGGAGUCCAAAGAAAAGCUGUCUUCCAGUUGCACUUAAAAUCGCGUCGCAAAUGUUCACACCAAGUAUGGGAUCUCGUAAUUUGAAAACUGUAGAUAAAAUGGUUAUAAUAAUAACAAGCGGAUGCUCAGACUGUGGACAAAGUCAAGAAAAAACUAAUAAACAAUUGACUGAAAUAGUGAAAUCGAUGAAUGGGAAUAAAAUUUCAAUUCUUACUUUUAUCAUUGGGGAUUUUGGAAAAUGCGAAGAAGAACAAUUUCAGGCAUUGGCUACAGGUACAAGUUGCUACCAAACGUUUCGUUCACGAGAUUGGAAGGAGUUCGAGAUCAUGUUGUUAUUUAUUCAGAAUAGUCCGUGCAUGGAUCAAUGGACUUUAGGCGCAAAAUGCGCAUAA